ACACAAAUAAAUUAACUUUCUCCUAUCAACUUGACAUUAAAAUCCUAAAAUUAAAACGCAAUUUCACCAUCAAGAACAGAACUUUGGCACUUUUUAUUCGACUGAAAAUGCACCAGGACAGCGACAUAUUUUGUUUGAGGGACACCAAGGCUGGGGAGAAUGAUGGCAGGGGAAUAUUUUCCAGCAACGGGUCAUGCUCCAUGAGAACCAAUAAAAAACCCAACGUCUAUCAUGAGGAUGCUUUUCAGUAUGGAAGCAGCACUAAGACUAAUUACUUUGCGAACCCUGUUGUUGAAAGGGAAGAUGGAAUGCAGGAGAGAAAAGUAGAAGUCGCUCCUGAAAGAGUACCUGAACCUGCACGUGAAGAAGAAGUAGUGGAACCAGUGGAACCAGUGGAAGUAAUGGAAGACGAUGUGGUUUUGCCGAAGGCAGAAGUCGAAAAUGCCAAUAAAGUGGAAGAGACUGAAGCUGAAUUUGCUCCUGAAGUAGUACUUGAACAGGAUACAUGUGCAGAAGAAGUGGAACCAGUCGAAGUGAAGAAAAGCGAUGAGGUUUUGCCAAAAUUAAAGAAAAAAACAGUAUACCAGAAGGCCAAUGGAGUGGAUGAAAAAGUUAGUUCUUCAACGAUUCUUCGAAAUCCUUUAACAGGCGCUGGUAUGGAAGGCGAAGAAUUGAAGGACGAAAGAAAACACAUGAAGUCCAAGACUGGUAAAUGGAUUUGGUAGUUUUGUACUAGAGUCUAUGUAAUGUAAUAUUUAAAUAAACAAAAA